ACUGCGACAUCAUACAAUUCUUCCAUGCUGACUUAGCUGGCUAGUUAGCUCCGCUAAAGUUAGCUCCGCUAGCUCACCUCAAUGUCUCCCUUUGGCUGCAAAAUACACAAUAAACACUGAAAGUAAAUUGAAACGUCGAUAACACUGAAAGGGUGUGCGACAUGAACUACAAAAAAUGAGCACUGGAUUCAGCGCUUUCAUUUACCUGCAAUGAAACACAUCAAUCCGUCAAAUCCAAGCUGUCUGAGUCGCUCCAAUAUAACGGUCGUUUAUGGCAUUCUCAUUUGCAGCAGCGAGCUGGCGGGUGUAACUAUAGCAAUGAGCUUCAGCGUCGCGCUGGCGCGUGUAACCAUAGUAACGAGCGUUUACGGCAGUCUUCCUCUACCGAGUCCGACCUGUGCUGUGACCAGUUUACCGUGCUUGCCUGUGAUAUCUUUGCUUCCAACAUGAUUUGGCGUUGCUUUAUAUGCUACAUAUUUUUGGCAUUGACUCUGAAACAACUUUUGAGUCACAUUAAUACUAUGCACAGUCGCAACCCUGACUUUCGCGUGGUGUGCGGGAUUGAUGGCUGUCCAAGUGAGUACAGGGUGUAUAACUCCUUCUACUAUCACGUGAAGCGUACACACGCACAGCAUCUUCUCCAAGUUGAAGCGGCGGAGGAAGAAAGACCGACUUGCCACGGUUUACCGGGAGCAGGUGAAAGGACAGUCACAAACGACCAAACCAAUGCAAGCCCUGUGGCUGAAGCGGAGAGCUCAAGCAUCUUAACUCCAGUGAGUGGAUUUGAAGAAGAUGGAGAUGGUCACAUGAAUGUUGACCUUUCUAAACAUGCAACUGCAUUUCUUCUUCAAGCCAGAGAAACCCAUCGACUGACACAGAGAGCUGUUAACCAAAUGGUGAGUGGAGUCCAGCAAUAUCAGGCCGCAUUACUGGAGCACCUCAAACAGCAAAUGAGUGACAUGAUUGAGAGACAUUCUGGGAACCUGGAUCAACUAAAGAGUGAUGCAAUGGGGAUAUUUGACCAGUUUGUUGACCCUUUCAGUCAAAUUGCUUCCACCCAUUUGCAGGAUAAGACCAUCAAAGAACUGUUAGAACCAGUUGAACCAGAGAUUGUUGUCACAAAACAAACAGUAUGUUAUGUGAAACAUGGAGACUCCAGAGUUCUUAAGGACCACUGUUUUCAUUAUAUACCGUUGGUGAAAAGCUUGGAGCAACUGCUAUCACAUCCAAGAAUUAUUGCAAUGAUUGAUGAGAGGCCACAGACAUGCAAGGAUGGAUUUUUUCAUGAUUUCAUUGAUGGAGACAUUUUUAAAUCGCACCCACUGUUUUUGAAAUUUCCCACAGCAUUGCAGUUGAUUUUAUAUACAGAUGAAAUUGAGCUAUGCAAUCCUCUUGGAUCUCGGGCAAACAAAAACAAAUUGUUAUUAAUUUAUUACACCUUAGGUAACAUCAACCCUAAAUACAGAUCAAGACUUGCUGCCAUUCAUCUGCUUUCCAUGGUUGUCACUGCAAAAGGCUGA